AUGAACCUCCUGGAACAGGGGGUCUUCGAGAUAGUCCGAGGGCUGGGGAUAGGCGCGGCCGUGGGCGCGGCGGGGCACGGGUGCCCAGACUGCGCCUGCCAGUGCCCGACCUGCAGCUGCGCUUUCACCUGCCCUGCAUGCCCCACCGUGCACUGCGGGCCGCACUACUCGUACGGGUGGAUCGUGCUGCCCCUGUGCGUGGCUGCGGGCUUCGCGUUCGCCCAGCUGCCCGGCGCCUGGCGCCUAGGCCGCUCGGCGAGCACUCCGAGUGACCGUGCUGGUGCCGCAUCGAGCGCGCGGGCGGCGAUCAGGGCGCCCGAGGACGCUGCCCAGGGGCUGGAUCUACAGCGAGAGGCUCAGGAGCAGUUGCGACAGGCCGGUGCGGUCUGCGCUUGCUAUACGCCAGACGGGGACAGCUACGAGGAGGACCUCGGGGCUGGCCGCGACGCCGCAGAGUGGUGUUUCCUGCCAGGCGGUGCUCAAGGAGGGGCGCCGCCGGCUGGGGCGGGAGGUGCUGGUGCUCGCCUCUACCGCUUCCGCGCCAUCCCGCUGGCCGCGGAGCUGGGGCAGGCGCGUGACCGAGCUGCUCAGCGGGCUGGCGCCGCCGCGCCGGGGCUGCCACUGGCGCCGAACACGGUCGGCCGUGCUGGCGCACCGCCGGCUGGGGUCGGCAUGCCGGGCGUGGCGCCCGCUGCCGCUGGCGCGGCCGCCGUGGCCGGAGGCGCCGCCGCUGCUGGGGCUCCUGGGGCCCUCGCGCCUGUGCCCGCGGGUGCUGGCGUCGGAGGCGGGCUCGGGGCACUCGCCGCGGUGCUGGGGCCUGCUGGUGGCGCCGUCGCGCCGGGUGCUGGCCCUGGUGGCGCCCUGGUGGGGGCCGCCCCUGCGGCGCCGCUCGCCCCAGUCGCCCCCGUGGCGGGCGCCCUGGUGGCCGGCCUGGCGCCUGGCCCAGUGGCGCCGCCCGCGCCGCCGCCAGCUGGAGGUGGAGCUUUCAUGGUCUCCGACCUGAGGGUGCACCCCAUCGUGGUCGACACCAUGGCGAGGCGACAUCGCCCUUUCGCGGAGGCGCUGCCCAUGCUGACGGAGACGUUGACAAACGAGGGCGGUGUGGAGGAGCACCUGCGAAUCUGCACCGCCCUCGAGAACGCCGUGUGCUUCGACCAACUGAAUGUGACCGAAAUGGCCAGCUUCGAGCUUCUCGGCAGGAGCUUGCAGAUCAUCGAGGAGAAGUAUCGUGAGAGGACUGCAGGCGCUGCGGACCCCGUGCGCAUGGAUCAGCACCUGUACCUGGGGACUGAGCUGGUGCGCGGCAACUGCUCCGUGUGCCCAGCCUUGCAGGCAUGGGUCAGCCAGGAACUGGCUCAGGAGCACGCGAUCCUGAAGGAGAGGAGGAAGGCCCGUGAAGAGCGCGCCGCCGCCCAGACUGCCACGAAGGCCAAAGCGAAGCGUGACCUGUUCCCGCUGCCGCCGCUGACGCUCCGCUGCGGUGCAGGAGGGCCCGGGCCUGGGCGCAGCCGCGUCGUUGGCAGGCGGCGCCAGAGGAGUUCCAAGACGACCGAUUGGGCGAACAGCUGCAUCGACUCCCUCAACUCAGCCUAUGGGUUUGCGAAGUCGGAGCAGCCGUCAUCAGCUGGCAACGCUGGUCAGCGCGCGGCGCUGGCCCACAUCGAGUCACAGUUCUUGCAAUUGGGUGGGCCCCCUGCGGACUCACCCGGAGGCGCGGGAGCCCUCGCCGAGCUCUGCGCCGCUGGCGGCCCGUAUCACGCGGAGCCCUCCAGCACUCGCCCCUGCGCCAAGGGAAACGUCUCCCUGCCCGAUGGCGCUGGCAAGCCCGUGCCGUUGCUGGAUUUGCUCGCCGAGGGUGACCGCAAGUGGCUGGGGUCCUCCUGUGGCGAUCUGCUCAGACCGGAGAGCGAGGCCCUCUCGCUUGUGGCGGAGGGCAUGUGCGUAUCCGGCGGGGACAUCGACAAUUGCUUCUACCGCAUAGGCCUACCCAGCGAGCUGCGUGAGUACUUUCCGUUGCCUGACAUCGCAGCGGGGUAUCUUGGGCUUUCCACGUGCGAGGGGCGCGCGGUGAGCCCCAGAGAUUCGCUCGCGCCGGUGCUCACGGUGCUUCCCAUGGGAUGGUCGUGGGCUAUGCAUCUCGUUCAGAUUGUGCUCGUCAACAGCCUAGUGGUGUCGGGGUUCCCCCAGCCUCAGAUGAUCCUCGACGGGGGGCCCGGGAAGGAGUUGAAGGAUGAGGAGUCGUGCGUCGUCGCGGGGUACGUCGACAACUUUUUCGUGUUCAGCCGCUCGGCUUCGAGGGCCCAGGCGGGCCGUGACGCCAUCGCUAAGCGCCUCACAACCUUGGGGCUCCUGGUCCACGAGAUGUCGGACGCGUCCAAGGACGCCGAGUUCUUGGGGGUCGAGCUCGUGGGCG